UCUCGCGUCCCUCCGUCGCAGCUGCUCUCUGAGCUUCCCGCGCCUGCCGGGCUUCCAUUUCCCGGCCGGGCCUCCCCUUCCCCUUCCGCCAGCCCUGUGCGUCCGCCCUUCCUCUCGUCCCCUCGGCGCGGAAAGAACACGCUUCUUCCACUUCGUUCCCUUUUCACACGUGCUCGGGCGCUGUGGUGGUGCUGGUGGAACAAGGGCUCCCUUAAGGAAAACGUGGGGUUGGCGCUUGCCCCCUUACGCUACAACGCUUUGCUCUCCCCGACCCCCAGCGCACGUGUACUUCCACUCGCCAACAAAAAAUAAAAAAGGGGGCAGGGGAGAGAAAGUGUCAAUAGAAUUGGUUGCUCUAGUUUAAAAGGAAAAAUCUUCGAGGGGGCGGGUGUUCAGGAAGCACGGGCUGCAUUGGGUCUAGCGAGCCACAUGCGAGGUUUUCCUUUUUCACCCAGACGUGGCGCGGCGGCCUCGUGUCGUUCCUUGGCAACGUUUUGUGGUCGCUGCCCAAACACCCCAGUUCAUUUUCGCACAUUUGGCGAAGGGGCUCUGUACUAGUUACCGGGGUGCAUUAUUGCCGGGCGUCGUUUAAGAUUCCCUUCCCCUCUUAAAUUUCCAGUAUGUACGGAAGCAUGAAUUAAUUCCGUACAUCUGUACCGGGGACUGCCUAUAGCGAAGAACUUGUUUUGAAUAUUUGCCGCCAUCGUAACUCGCUGAGCUUCCGGGAUGCUGGCGGCGUUGUACAGUAGAGUAGACCGCCUGCUGGGUUGGUUUCUUUAUUGUCAAAUAAGCAGUGUAAAUGGUGGUCUGUUAAAAAGCCGCUGGUCGGUGCUGCUGGCUGUAAUAGCCCCAGCAUAGGGCCCCUUACAUGGAAGCCAACUCCUAGGGGGCCGAGGUCCCUCCACGUGCCCCAUAAGAUAAUUUGAGGUGGAGCCCCCACAAGUCGAUAGGCAUUGUCAUUCAAACACUGCGUUGCACCGCAUCAUGUGAUCAGCUAUGUGGGGCAGGGCUUACCCCCCCCCAUAUUUUAUUCAAGCUGGUACCCCUCAGAGCACCUGCUUUUCAUGCUGAAGGUGCCAGGUUUAAUCCCCAGCAGCUCCAGCUGAGAAAAUUGCCUGCUUGAAAGACUGCAGGAACUGAGGGUUGGUACUGUAGGCCUCACUAGACUUAGCUGCAACUAAGAAUUUCUCCUACAUCAACCAAGUUAAUGGUGAUGCUCUUGUGGAUUGGUGAAUAAAAGUGCGUGCUAAAUAUUUCAGAAGCGCAGAAAACAAUUUUUUCUUCUCAAAGUUGUACCACAACCACUACCAUCAAGAUAGCAAACCAAUGGACAAAGAAUUUGAGCCACAGUAUUUGUAAAACUAAAGAUUUGUUUUACUAAGGCUUGAGGUCUGUGACCUGGACAUCAGCUUUCGGAAGCUCCUUUGUUUACAGAAAUGAGGGCGGCUUUGGAACCAGCAGACAUUGCCAUUGUGGCACUGUAUUUUGUGCUUGUGCUGUGCAUAGGCUUUUUUGCCAUGUGGAAAUACAAUCGGAGCACUAUAAGUGGGUACUUCCUGGCAGGGCGAUCUAUGACAUGGAUGGCAAUUGGUGCUUCCUUGUUUGUGAGCAACAUUGGGAGUGAACACUUCAUUGGGCUUGCGGGAUCUGGAGCAGCAAGCGGAUUUGCCGUGGGAGCAUGGGAACUCAAUGCCUUAAUGCUUUUGCAACUCUUAGGAUGGAUCUUUGUUCCGGUUUACAUACAUUCUGGAAUAUACACCAUGCCUGGAUACUUAUCCAAACGUUUUGGAGGGCAUAGAAUUCAAGUAUACUUUGCCAUGUUGUCUCUAAUUCUGUAUAUCUUCACCAAACUUUCAGUGGAUUUGUAUUCAGGUGCAUUGUUUAUUCAAGAAUCACUAGGCUGGAAUAUUUAUUUGUCGGUAAUACUGCUGAUUGGAAUGACUGCACUGCUGACUGUGACUGGGGGUCUUGUGGCAGUUAUCUACACAGACACUAUUCAAGCUUUGCUUAUGAUUAUUGGUGCCCUCACCCUUAUGAUUAUAAGUAUGAUAGAAGUUGGUGGAUUUGAAGAAAUGAAAAGAAAGUACAUGUUGGCAAAACCAAAUGUUACAUCGAUCUUGUUGACUUACAACCUUUCCAAUACAAAUUCCUGUCAUGUUGAUCCAAAGCCUGAUUCGCUGAGAAUGUUACGUGAACCAACAGAUGAAGAUGUUCCGUGGCCUGGUUUCCUUUUUGGACAGACGCCAGCUUCUGUUUGGUACUGGUGUGCCGACCAAGUCAUCGUUCAGAGGGUUUUAGCAGCAAAAAACAUUGCUCAUGCCAAAGGAUCCACCCUAAUGGCAGGUUUCUUAAAGCUUCUGCCUAUGUUCCUUAUAGUUAUUCCAGGUAUGAUUUCACGAAUACUGUUUGCAGAUGAUAUUGCAUGUAUCAAUCCAGAACAUUGUAUGCAGGUUUGUGGAAGCAGAGCUGGAUGUUCUAACAUUGCCUAUCCACGUUUGGUAAUGAAACUUGUCCCUGUUGGCCUGCGAGGCCUCAUGAUGGCAGUAAUGAUUGCUGCACUGAUGAGUGAUUUGGAUUCUAUCUUUAAUAGUGCCAGUACCAUAUUCACACUGGAUAUCUACAAGCUCCUCAUACGGAAGAAUGCAUCGUCUAGAGAACUGAUGAUUGUUGGAAGAGUUUUUGUUGCUUUCAUGGUGGCAAUAAGCAUUGCCUGGGUCCCAAUUAUAGUGGAAAUGCAAGGAGGUCAGAUGUAUCUCUAUAUACAAGAGGUAGCAGACUAUCUGACUCCACCAGUGGCUGCUAUUUUUCUCUUGGGUGUAUUUUGGAAGCGUUGCAAUGAGCAGGGGGUCUUCUUUGGUGGAAUGGUUGGAUUUGCAUUGGGAGCUGUACGACUUAUACUGGCAUUUAUCUAUCGUGUUCCUGAGUGUGACCAGCCAGACACAAGACCGUACUUUAUCAAAAGUAUCCAUUACAUGUACGUUGCUACCGCACUGUUUUGGAUCACUGGAAUUAUUGCUAUAGUAGUAAGCUUGCUUACACCACCACCCUCAAAAGAACAAAUUCGGACGACAACGUUUUGGUCUAUGAGAAUCAGGACCGUAAAGGAAAGCGCUUCAGCAGGCAGUUCGUUCAAAGCACAAGGGAAGACCGUCUUAAAAUACAGUGACACUUCAAAUCAUAUCACUUCAAAUGGGAAAUCUGAAGAAAAUAUUAAAAAUGAUCAGCCUGAAAAUGUCAAUCUCUUAAUUACUUGCAGAGAUGAGAGCAAUCCAGUGAUAUCUUUAAGCAACUCUGAAGUUGAGACUCCAGUUGAUAGUUAUUCUAAUGGACAGGCAGCUCUUAUGGGUAAAGAGAAGAUUGGUGAAGAGUCUGAAAGUAGUGACAGACACUGGAAAUUCAUAGAUUGGUUCUGUGGCUUUAAAAGCAAAAACAUGAACAGUCCAGUCAGAGAUAAGGGGGAAGAAGAGACUAUGUGUCUACAAAUGCUGGAAGAGACUCCAAAAGCUAAAUUAAUACUAAACAGUGGACUAUUUUGUGUGUGUUCAGUUGGAAUAUUCAUGUUUGUUUAUUUCUCUGUGUGAACAAAUGAUGAAUUUUAUUUGGUCAGAUAUACAGAAGUAGAGAUAGAGGUCCUUGGAGAAAUAUUUAUAUAUCUGUGAGUGUGUGUGUGUGUGUGUGUGUGUGUUAGUCUUAUAUCUCAGGAUUCCUUUACGCUUUUAUUGUCAGCCAAAUUAUUUUUCAACCAAAUUAUUUUCAAAUUAUUUUGAAAAUCAUUAGACGUUUUAUAUGUUAGCAUUUCUGUUUUAGUGCAAAAUGUUUGUGGGAUUAAGUGCAGUACUAAAUGUUGGGUUUUUGUAUACCAAAGUAAGAGAUAAAUGUGUGUUGAGAGGUAAAAUAUUAAAGAACUCUCAGAGGUCCAGCAAAAGUGAAAAAAGUGUUAUAGUUAAAAGGGGCAAAACUGUACAUUAUGAAGAGCAUUCCAGAGUAUUUUUGAGUGUCAGAAGAUAUCUUUUAGCAAUCGUAAUCAAGUAACUUUCUGUGAUUUCUCCCUAUAUUCUUAAAACAUCAGAUCUAUGUUCCUAACAACAACAACAACAACAAAAAGAAAAA